GGAGCUGCUAUCGACUCUGUCAACGAGACCAAUCCAGGAAGAGAAGAACUUGUGUAUAGAGAUAUGUCUGAGGAGAUGAUGGAGAGCGCUGGCAGCUCUCCAACCUCGUCAAAUGCCCGUGAUGGCAGUCUGGGCCAUGACUACGAUAUCGAGUCAGCCAAUGCGACGCCCAACUCGCUCUUUACCGGUGCUACUGAUGGCGACAUGCCACAUGACUCGACUUCUGCCUCCCCAAGACAUGUUGUGACGCUGCCUGCGCGACCGUCUGCACCGCUCACUCAACGUGCUCUGCCUAACCGCGACGUCUCAGAAGAGAGUAUUGUCGAUGCAUAUGUUGCUUUCAUUCUGUACUGUAAUCCGUAUUUUCCACUGGACAUCGAUACCUCUGAUUUGAGACGUAUCUUCCAAACACCACCUCGUAGCGAUGGCAAAGAUUUCAGUAUAUUCACAUUGUGGGGGCUUGUACAAAGGUUCGACAACAAGGACAUCAAAACAUGGACUCAGCUAGCCUUAGAAUUGGGUGUCGAGCCACCAUCGGCAGAGAAAGGUGGUAGUGUCCAAAAGGUACAGCAGUACUCUGUCAGACUAAAGCGCUGGAUGCGUGCAAUGCAUGUCGAUGCCUUUUUCGAGUAUUUACUCGGCAAGAAGCAUUCUUACUACUUGGACUUGCCUCCACCACACGAUCCUCAUCCUUCCAGAGGUCGAGAUGGAGUGCCAGCUGAUGAGGAUCUUGCUAUCAGAGCGUUGGAUCCUUCUUUUCGUCCCAAAAGAGGUAGAAAGAGGAAUGAGACGCCAGAGAAAGAUGCCGCUCCUCCGAAGAAGCCUCUACUCACGACUUCGUUCUCCUAUGAGGGUCGGGUUCUUUAUGCUCAGCCGCAGGCAUCAUACACAGCAUCUGCGAUUCCACUGAGUGCUAGACCGGCGGAAAACUUUGCUAACGACAUGUGGACACCGACGAAUGCCGCUUCAAGACGACCGAUCCCGCAUUCUGCAAUAGCUGUUCGACCACCACAACAUCUUCAAUGGCAGGUUGAAGGGUCUCAUGACACCGCCACAACUCCUCAUCCCAUGUCGGCCCUUGAACCCAGAGCACCAGGCUUACCAGCAUAUGACGAGCCGAUGUCGGCUAUCACUCCAGGAUCUUCUCGCGGUCGAUCACGCAGAAAGCAUGGUCCUGCGGUGUCUUCUGCUUGGACGCAUGCGACCGCGACAAAUGCUAGAGCUCGAGGUAGGCCCCCAGGCAAUCGAUCGGUUCAGGAUGGACCAUACACCACUUUCCCAGCAGAUCCGAGCGCCGAGAGAUCAGUAUCGCAGAAAAGCACUCCAGCUGUGUCUUUGAUGCCGUAUGAUACCGAAUCGCAUCUGUUGCGUCCCAAUGCUUAUACGAGACCACUGCACAAACCUGUUUUCAUGAUGUCCAAACCAGUGGAUGACGAUGCUCCGCCGCGUCGACCUGAGCGCGGACGUCUAUCUUUGCAAGUGCCUGAAAACACAGGUGGUCCGAUACAACCUGCCACGCCAUCAGUGCUUACGAAUGAAGGAUAUGAUCAAGCAUCAGAAGGUCUUAUGCCUAUGGACACUGAGCCCGCAACCUCGAGAUGGCCAGAACCACAAACUCGGCCUGCUUCACAAACACCUGCUACGCGUCAGAGUCAGAACCCCGAGCCAGAAGUAGGCCUUGCAUACGAGGCUCUCAAGCGCGUUCUCGCUGCUGAUCUCCUUCGUGCAGACUUUUCUGGCAGGUCAAGCAGAUUGUUGGGACCUGAAGCAAUGCGCUUGUCCGAUGCAAUCCUCCAACGGUUUGGCAUACCCAAGGCAGAUUCUGAUAACAAAAGAGACGAUGCUCUUCGUAUUGCAGCCACGAGCUGGCUUGGUGUAUCACGACAACUUGGAUUCGACUCUGCUAAACCGUGUAAAGAGAAAGAGAUCACGGUGCAAAGGUUUGCAAUCAGGGACAACGGCCUCGAAGAGCGCAUCGCCCCAGACGAACAUGCUGAAAGAGUGAAGGAGAAGUUUGAUGUCAGCUGGUCUGCUGGAUUUGGUGGAGUAGGUGGAAAGUUUUGUGCUGUUGGACUCGAGAUUGAGCCGGAAGAGGUGGAUCCGAACGAUGCAGAAGCUCGCGCGCACGAGAUGAUCAAAGAGGUCGCCAACAUGAAGGAGUCCGAGAUUGACUACAAGCAAAAGUACAUGGCCCUUGAUUUCACGGUCAGGCUCAUGAAGGGUCAGCUGAACAGAUUACAAGACAAAGUGCUGGACGCUUUGUUGUAA